AUGGAUUCCUCGUCUGCUCCUCUCGCUCACUACUUCUGGAUUGCCGGCGUAGAGUCAAUAUCCUACGACGAUGCUCCUCAGACAGUUUUGCCCGUCGACGACACCAUUGCCGAGGACGGUGAGCCUGAUAAUGGCGUAAUUGUCAACGGCCAGCAUCGCGCCAAUGCCGCCCGCCAUUCACGCCAAAACUCCGCCAAUCGCCUCUCCAAACUCUCCAUCGACGCCCAUUCCACAAUCAGUACAGUCGAUGACGAUGGAAGCCGCAGCAAUCGCAGCAGUGCUACCAUUCGCCCCAGCAGCAAACUACCUCCCUCGGCGAAUGGCUCCAGUACCGUUGCACCACUCGAGGAAGGCUUGCCGCUGACUGUUCGCAUGGGCGACGUUGACUUUGACAGAGCUUUGCUCAAGUUUGCAGCUGAGCGAGAAAACUUUCUCGAGGAUCUCUCCUUCACCGCCGGUGCCAGAGUUCAGGCCAGAGCUCCCAUGGUCAAUCCCCGUGCUGAGCGCAUCAAAGCUGAUGAGAUCCCUAGCGGCCGAAUGAGUCCGCUACGCAGCCUCAAAGGCAGCAUACGUCGAAAAAUUAGCUUCAGAGAAAUGAGCAGCACAAAACGACAGGGCAACAUCAACAAGAGCAGCAGCAUCAAUGGAGCUGCCUCUGUACGCACCGCCAAGCGACUCAGCAAUUACAAUUCCGUCAUUCCUCCGCCCGAGCCGCUCAAUACCGACCCCGAUAUGCACCCGCUCAAGCGUCGCUUCGAACCCGUUCUGUUGGACCGAUAUCCCCCCAAGACUGCCACCGAAGAGGUUACACGACGAGGCCGAUUCCCAGAUUAUGUGCCCAUGUUCGCCUUCCCCAAUGAUAUCCAGAUCGUCUCCUCGGAUGAACGCCCGCGCUCGACAUGGCAUGGUUUCACCAUGACAGCAGAGGAUAGCAGCAAAUUAUAUGGCAUUUCCAUUAUCAUCUGGACAGCCUUGUCGGCCGACGUUGCUGAUGAGGUCGAGGUGAAAUGCGAGCAGUGGCGCCAGAGCCACAUGUCGAAUGAAGAACGCGAACUCGCCGCGAGCUUGGGUAUCAGACUGGCUGGCGAGCGCACACACCUUUCACAGCUUCUAGCGAAGCUGCCAACAAUACCCUCUGGUUCUUCCGCUCGCGACAGGCUUGAAGAUGAAAUCAGCACUGUCGAGGAAAAGAUUGCGCUCAUGACGGAUAUGCUGCGUCCACUUCGCCACGGUGCGGCCUCCAAGAUUGAGGGGCUGACGGCUGGGGAGAGUGGACUGUGGAUUCCUCGCGCCUACGGCGUCUUGGGCAAAGACGCUGCCAACAUGUCCUUCUGGAAGGAAUGGCUCAAGGCGAUUGUCGUUCCCAUGACUGAUGGCGCUGUUCUCCGAAUACCUCCCAGCUCACCCAGGGUCGGCCGUUGGCAGCCACUCGAGCGCUACGUUGUCAACAUGUGUACCGAGGCAUUCAGUCCUCUCGGGUCCAAAACGCAGGUCGAAUUGGGAAUCCGAGAACUAAAGCUUUAUGCUCGCAAAGAGGCCACCAAUGAGAUACCUGGUUCCCGGACUAUUGAUUUAUACGCCCUGUUCCGCUGCCUGUCGCUGGAGAACAUCGUCGCUCUCUACGAAUACGCCAUGGCUGAAUCUCGCAUAAUCUUCCUUUCCUCGCACACCAGCAUGCUGCAUUUGGCUUGCCACGCAUUGGUUAACCUGCUGUACCCUCUAAAGUGGGCCAGUAUUUUCAUCCCUAUCCUUCCCGCCAGACUGAUUUCAGCUCUCGAAGCUCCUUGCCCCUAUAUCGUCGGUGUUGAGCGACGAUACGACCGCAUCGAUCUGCCUGACGACUACGUCCUUAUUGAUCUCGACAAGGAUACCAUUGACGCAACUUCUCAGCCGCACCGACUACCUCGCCAACAGAGACGAAAGCUCAUGUCGCUUCUUCAAGUUGCCGCCCCCCACCGAAUUCGCUACGGCGUUGUGGAAGGCCCGCCACCAUACGCCGUUGAGUCGUUCCCUUAUGAUGCCUUUUCGACGGAGAACGGGUCCAUUUUUAAUGCUAGAGCUGCCGACAGUACCCUAGGGAAAUGGGUAUCGCAGAACUCGUCGAGUUUUGGUGAGCCCGUGGCCGCCUCUGCGCUGCAACCUCCUGUCUUCAACGCAUUCGCAGAGGCAGUCACCGACAAUGCCAAAUCGGACCGCCCUGGCACCAGCAAGUCGAGCAGGACGAGCCCCGAGUCCUCAGUGUCACCCGAAUCUGCCCACUUCCCUCCUAUCCCGUCGACACCAAUCUCUAGAAGCGAUUCUGGUUUCGCGCUGACGGCGACUCUGCGGGAGAAGCGCUCGGGCCACUUUGGCGAGGAAAAGAUGCGACGCAGCUCUUCGUUUGGCAUGGAUAAGUUCCAGCCAAUGCAUCGACCAACUCAUCCUUUCCUCAAUGGCCAUCAGCAAAAUUACAGCAUUUCGGGGAUAUCCAUUGAUUCGACGGCGACCGGGUACGGGGGCGGUAGUGGCGGCUAUGCACCGUCUACUUACGCGCAAUCGACUCUGGCGGCAUCAACCAUUAUGCCCAGCAUGCAAAUUCAGCCUGUUCGCAACACGGAGACGACAGUGUGGGUAGAGGGUCACUGCUUUAACCUGGACCGCAAGGAUGCUACUUCGACAUGCACUAUUUGCGCCGAGAAAGCAGAUGCCGAGGGCAUGUACCAUUGUUCCGCGUGCAAGACAAUUUCACAUGGUCGCUGCUUGGGCGUCGCUUCGCUUGUCUGUCCUCAGGCCUUUCACUCUGACCGCGUUCGUGCCGCCUUUGUCCGCUGUCAGGCCAGCCUGCUCUAUACCUAUCGCAAGCAUCUCGCCCGCCCGUCGAAACAACAACGCUCCAACGGACAGAUUUACGCCUUUGACAUGGAUGGGUUCAUUAAGAGUCUCCCACAUGAGCAGCAAGACUAUGCCGUCAUGAUGCGCGAUACGCAGCUAUUCAACGAGUUUAUUCACGAACGAGAGCUCACAGCGCCCACGGAGCCGUCGAUCCGACUGUUUGACGAAGUUAUCAUGGCCAAGAAGGCGCGUGGGCGUCCCGGUCUUUCGUCUGGCCUGUCGACGCUGUCGCGCCUUUCGUCGAUUCGAGUAUCCCAUGGGGCCUCUGCCAACGCCUUUGGUCUCGCUCCGCCGCGUGCCUCCAACAAGCCACCUAGCUAUCUCAACGACACAUCCGAUCACAUCUGGCGAACCGCGGCCGUGCCAGUGCCGAAAGGUAACUUUACCGGCGAGUACCGCUCGGUCGUGACGCGAGUGCCUGCCCGCUUGGAUCGCACUCUGAUGCGCGAGCCGCGUGCCAUCCAGGGCGUACCACGUGUGGAACAGCGUGGCUCGCGAGGUCUUGUGCGAAAGCAAGUCGCCAGCAUGCUGGGCACCACGCCCCCGCCUUGA